GCCCAAAAUUCUCCUACACAAUAACACAAUAAAUUCCCAUACAUAAACUAAAGACCCAGGCUCAUUGACAGAUAUUUCAGGAAUAAAAUUGGCCAAAACAGAACCCAUGAUUGUCACUAGCAGCGGAACUUCCCAUCAGCGGGGAAAGAAAAUAAGGGAGCAGUGCGGAUCCUGUCCAAACAGGUUCUCCAAGGAUAAGCGCCAGGUGGUCGCCGAGGACUCGGAGACCACGGAAGAGGAAUCGUCCACGGAUGAGGAGGAUCGCUGGAAGGAAGUGGCUAGGGCCGCUGAAAUUCCAGCCGACUAUUACAAUAUCCAGAAACUGGUGAAGUACAUCAAGGCGGGCAAUCAGACAGCCACUAUAGUAUCGUUGUGCUGCUUGAAGGACUACGAUCUGAGCACCCAGAUCAACCAGUUCGCCAUCUCGGACAUCGGUGGACUCGAUGUCCUGGUCAAUAUUCUGGAGUGCAGCGACACCAAGUGUUGUUUGGGCGCCCUCACCGUUCUCUCGGAUAUUACUUUGAACAUCGACAUAAGAAAGACCAUCGUGGAUCUGGAUGGUAUUCCACUGAUUGUUGAUAUACUAAACUCCUCCAUGAAAGAUUUGAAGACCAUGGCGGCGGAGACAUUGGCUAAUGUGUGCAAGGUGCGACUGGCUAGGAAGUAUGUAAGAACUUGUGGGGGAAUCCCCAAGCUGGUGGAUCUUAUCGAUAUCAAAUUAAGCAUUUUAAAAACCCCUCGAGAUCAAUUGAACCCCGAUGAUCUGGAAUCUUUGGAUAUGACACGAGCUGGAGCCCGAGCCCUUUUCACUUUGGCCGAUUCGAAACACAAUAUGGAACAGAUGCGCAAAAGUGGAAUCGUACCCCUGAUGGCUCAGUUACUCAAAUCCUGCCACAUCGAUGUAGUAAUUCCGAUAAUGGGAACCGUACGUAAAUGCUCUUCGGAACCGAAAUUCCAACUGGCCAUCACCACGGAGGGCAUGAUUCCCGAUAUCGUGACCCAUUUGAGUUCCGAAAAUACCGAACUGAAGAUGGAGGGCAGUACGGCUAUCUAUAAGUGUGCCUUUGAUGCAAGUACCAGGGAAUUGGUGAGGGAGGCGGGGGGCUUGGAACCCCUGGUAACUAUUAUAAAAGAAAAGAACUUGAGAGACAACAAACCCCUUUUGAGGGGAGCCACUGGGGCGAUUUGGAUGUGUGCCGUAACCGAUGCGAAUGUCAAAGUCUUGGAUCAACUGAGAACGGUCAACAAUUUGGUGGCUUUGCUGAAUGAUGAAUGUGACGAGGUGUUGACCAAUGUCACUGGAGCAAUUUCCGAAUGUGUGAGGUUCCAAAACAACAGAGAACAACUGCGACAAGCUGGAGGUCUUCCAGCCAUGGUUGCUCUACUCAACAGCUCCCAUGGUCCUUUGCUGGAAAAUCUAGCUAAGGGAUUAAAGGAGUGCGCUGAAGAUCCCGAGAGCAUGAGGAUUUUGGAGGACUUGGAUGCCGUCAGACUGAUUUGGUCGCUUUUGAAAAACACCAGCACCAGAGUUCAAGCUCAUGCCGCUUAUGCAAUUUGUCCUUGUGUUAAAAACGCCCACGAUUCUGCUGAAUUGGUCAGGAGUUUGGUUGGCGCAAUGGAACUUGUUGUGGGUCUCUUAAAAUCCAAGGAUAUUAUGGUUCUGUCUGCUGUUUGUGCUGCUAUAGCCACAAUUGCCCAGGAUCAGACCAAUCUAGCCAUUCUAACCGAUCUGAGGGUUAUCUAUAAGCUGGCCGAUCUUGUCCAGACUACGGAUGACUUACUGCGAAUGAAUUUGGCAGCUGCCGUGGCCGCAUGCGCCUGCUUCGGCAAUAACACCGAGGAACUGGGACGCCUGCGCACUGUGACUCCGAUUGUCACCUACAUGACCAGCGAUAAUCCUCUGGUGCACCGCAGCACAGCCAUGGCUCUGGAGAAACUAUCAAUGGAUCCACAGAACUGCAUUACCAUGCACCAGAGUGGAGUGGUUCCCUUCCUGCUGGAGUGCAUUGGAUCUACUAAUAAGGAGCUCCAGUUGGCCGCCGCUGGAUGUUUGCGGAAUAUCCGAGAACUCGCUUUGCGUGCCGAGGAAUAUCUGCUUAAAAUCGACGAUGACUAGUUUAUGGUCAAUAGCCUGUAAUCCCAUUUCUUGCUUUGUUUUGUUAAGUAAUUGAUGUUUAAAUAAAUACGAAAAAGGA